AAUAAAUUGGCCCGGCCCGGGCCCGAACCGACCGGGCCGGUUCACCUUUUGAAGGGCCUGAGCUCGAACCGCCAUCCCACCGGGUCGGGUGGCCAAAACCGGGCAACCAACCGGUUCACCGGGCCGGUCCGGGCCCGCACAGUAGCGGGCUGGUCCGGUUCCGGGCCGGUUGGCCCGACCCGAGUCCACUCCUAGUGUAACUUGUUGAGAAAAGUUGACAUGUAACUCUUGUGUUACAAUAUGUAGUUUUAGCCAAACUUAAAUGUAACUCCGAUGUAUAUGAAAUGUAACUUGAGUCGAAAUCAAAAAAUAAGCACACAAGUAACUUGAGCCCCAAAUAUAAUCAAAAUAACCAAGUGGAAGAGACCAGUAAGCAUUUUCCUUAGAUUUUCAAUUAAUCGUGGGUAUGACUUAUUGUAUUUGUAUUGAAUCUGAGCAUGGACUAGAUGAUUGGGAUCGGAGAUUCAUAGGGUUUGCUCUUAUGCUGGUUUUUCUGCGCAUGGAGUAUUUCUCCCCUUGAAGCGGCGAGUAGAAAUUGACCAGAGAAAGGAAACCUAUUGAUUCGAAGCAGAGAAUAUGCACAACAGCGAAGCAAUUCCAGAUGCAAAACUAGCGGGGUUAAGCAGUGAAGGAAGCGCAGAGGCGGAGUAAAGGGACCUGUUAUUUCAUCGCUCUAGGCAGAUGCGCAAUUACGGAGCCGGUGGGAACGAAGCGCAAGGAAGGUUUUGUAAUUUUUUUAACGAAGAACGACACCGUUUUGGGAUCGACACACCAUGCGCAUGGUGGGCCGAUCCCACGGUAUAAUUUGCGGAGUCAUCGGGUGUGAGUCAUUGACCGUGUGACACCAUUGUUUUUCGAGUUUGUCAUCAAGUCAUUUAGCUACUCUAAAGUAGCAUUGACGGUUCGGCACGUGCCUCAACGCUGCCAUUUUUUGUGCUCGGGUGGAUUGAUAAUCAUUUUUUCAUUCAUCAAAAUAAUAGAUGGACUGGUGGGUGCACCAUCAUGGUAAAUUGACGCUUUUCCGCUGAACGAGUUAAUUUUGUGGACAAGAUGAGAUGCAUGAAGGUAUCCCAGUGAAAAUGAUGAAUGUCAAGGGGCUCGCAGAUCUGAAGAAGAAAAAACCUUCCAAGGCCCCGAGGGGGACGGAUGCGGGUGCCCCAAAACCCGCCGGUGACUUCUUCAAGAAGCCGGAGGGGCCAUCGGCGGCCCCAAACACUGAUGCAGCUGCCGCUGCCAAGAGGAAAGGCACGGGCAAGGCUCCUGAGAGCAAAAAGCCCAAGACCGGGGACGCCGGGAAGAAAAGCCCCCCGGUGGUCAUUGUUGAUGAUUGCCCCGCCUCCGGGGCGCACGAGGAGAUGCCGGUGGCGAAAGUCCCGGGGGGUGUCCGGGAGCCAUCCUCCGAGGUUCUGACGAUCUCCGUCCCGGUUGGUACGGCUGUGAUGAAUGGCACGGCGGAUCCGAGGGCGCUUCUGAGAGGUAUAACCCUCGAUAUUGACAGGGCAGCCCUCGGGGAUGAUGACGACCAAGCCCUCGAGGACAGGAUCCUCCGGUCUUCCCUUACGACCUGCAUUGCCCUCGGAGAGCAAGCCCGGCGGCUAGAGGAGUGGCGCCUUCGCAAGGCUGAGCAGGAUGCUAAGAUGCGGGAGCUCAUCCGCCAGAAUGCCGAUGCUGUCCGGCAGAUGGCUAUGCUGGAGGAGAGCCUUCGGCAGAUGACCCUGCGGGCGGAGGCCGCAGAUCGGGGCAGGGCGGAGGCUGAGAGGUCCGCAGCUGAGGCUUUGGAGAGAGCUGCCAGGGAGGCCGAGGCCGCGAAGAUGGAAGCCGUCGAGAGAGCCCGAGGGGACGCAAUCUCGGGGUUCUUGGCAGGGGGUGGCGGGCCGAGGAGCACAAGCAAUGGCUGUCCUCGGUCGUCGAGUCCUCGGUUGACGAGUGGUGCGAUGGGCCCGGGGUGGAGUGGGUUUCCCGAAAGGGUUAACAAUAUUAUGAUGGGGGGCGAGUUUUUCACCCAAGCCCUCAUCUACCGGAGGAUGGCUCGCCACUUGAAGAUUGAGCCAAAGGACUUCGACCCGGCGGCAUACGGGCUCCCCCUGCAGCCAGACGUCCGCGUUCCUCUCCCCUCCGAUGUCGAGAGGCCAGACCUAGAGGAUACAGAGCUCAUGAAGGAAGCCGAGGGUGACGAACCUGAGGCCGAUGCAGAGGUUACUUCGAAGCCAUCGGAGGAGGCGACCCCCGGAAAUGACGUUGUUUAAUUUGUAAUUUAUACUCAGUAAUUUGAACACACUUGUAAUGAUCACAUUCUUAUGCUUUCGGCCCCGGCCACCUUUGUAACUAUCACAUUUACUCUUUUUUUUGUCGAUUGAUGAAUGUCUGCCUUCGGGCUUUUCAUAUUUGAAUGCGCCCUCUGUUUGAAUGUAUGCCUCCUC